AUGCGACCCUUUCAAUCCUUCUUCUCCAGGCGUCUACCCCAGUUGUUUUCUGCUUAUCAUGCAGGAAACCUUGUACUUCAGAAUUCGGAAGAAAAGUGGCAGGCCACUGGAGAUUCACCCAUCCUCUACGGAACCGCCCAAGGUGGCCUGGGCAUGCUCACGCAAAUCUCUCCAGUCCUCUUCGCCUUCCUCAAGGAGGUGGAGUCUCGCAUCGCCAAUCUGAUUGUGCCCGUCGGUGGCUUUGCUCACGAGAACUGGCGUGCCUUCAAGGCUGACAAGGUGAUUCGCAUGGCGCACAACUUUGUCGACGGUGAUCUCGUUGAGACUGUACUUGAUCUGAAUGCAGAGGAGAAGGCCAAGUUAGUUGAGGGCCUGCGAAUCCCGGCCACAAUGGCGCUGUUUGGAACUGCCGGUUCCUCUAUGGGUGCUGAACCGGAGACGCGACCCUGCACUGUGGAAGACCUCGUCAAGGUGGUUGAGGAGAUGGCCAGUCUUCACUGA